AUGGGGCGAAAACGGUAGCUACCCAGUUCAUCUACAAUUCGUCGAGCUUUUGAGCGUUAAAGAUUUAAGAUCGUCGAUGACAGUGAUGAAAGAAUGUUUUAAGUAGCUUAUUUUGACACCCUAUGUUGUCUUAAUAUUGGUUUCAGAUCAGUAUUUCAUCAUAAACCAACAUAUCUAAUGCGACAACAGCAGACUUCUCUUUGGGUAUCACGGUUCAAAUCAUUCACCAAUCUCUUGGUGUCAUAUGAGUAAAGAACUCCCACACUGAGAGGCUGUUGUCAGUUUUAAAACAAGCGAAAUCAUCUGCAACAUGUGCGUCAGAUAAACUAAUGAGACAGUGAGGGACAAAACACACGAAGAUACGAAGUACAGACAAUAAUACACACGACGAAACAUCGAACCAGACAACAAGUACAACAGGUCACAUAAAAUGCAAAGAAAAACAAACUAACAAACUUACGUUGCAUUGAUAACAUAAAACAAAAACUUAAAAGACAAACAAACUACUACCAAUACUGGAAAACUUGACAAAACUGUUAAAAAAAAACAAAACAAAAAGCUUACGACAAUACGAAACACGGCACUACACUACAUCGACGCCAUAUUUGACUGGUAAGAGAGAAGUCUGGUAACUGGUUACAAGGCUCCUUGCGCUCAAUGAACGCCUGGUUGAUUUCUACUUCCCAGGCGUCAAACCACCAUCUUGUUACUUUGUUAUUUAUCAUUUAUGCAAGCUGAGAGAGUCUUUUCCUUUGACGACAAGUCUAAUGGAGACAGAAUAGAAGUACGGAUACCGGAGAUCGUUGACCCUCAAUAUGGAAUGUUCACAUGGCCAGCAGCCCCUGUUCUUGCACAGUUUAUAUGGCAUAACAGAGAACACAUAAAAGGAAAACAAGUCAUUGAGAUUGGUGCAGGAACAGCACUUCCUGGAUUGGUUGCUUCGCUGUGUGGUGCACACGUUACUCUUACAGAUAAGGAGGAAUACCCUAAGUGCUUGGAAAAUUGUAGGCAAAGCUGCCGUGCAAAUGGUCAUGACUUUGUCAAAGUUGUGGGAAUCACUUGGGGACAGUUCACGCCAAAUCUAUUCAAGCUUAAUAAGGCUGACAUAAUUCUUGGUUCAGAUUGCUUCUAUGACACCAAAGAUUUUGAUGACAUUCUUGCCACUGUCUCUUUUCUGAUGGAGAAAAAUCUGUGGGCAAAAUUCUGGACAACCUAUCAGGAAAGGAGUUCUAGUCGCUCCAUUGAGGAUCUGCUCCAAAAAUGGGGGCUCAAAGCUGUCCAAAUCCCUUUGGAAGAUUUCAAUGCUGAUCAUGGCAAUAUUGGAGGCUCCAAUAUCUCUGAUUUACACACCAUACAAAUGCUGCAGAUAACAAGUCAACGAGCCCAAGAGAACUUGAAGACACAAGUGGAUAACAAGGCAUAACUGCUCAGACACAUUUUAUGAAAAAAAUCUCAAAUAAGGAUGUAGCUGGAGCUGGUUUUAAUUCAGAGACUAAGAUCCACCAGGAAAGAGUUACCAAGGGAUUUGAGGCUGUCAAGUGCAGAUUUCAUACUGUUGGUGAUCUCAUUUAGAGAAGUCUGGGACUACCAUUCUGGUCUUCAGAUGUAAUUGCUGAACACGAGAAUGAGGAAAUUGCUUCUUAAGGAUCAUGACAGCUCUUGAGGUGCAACUUGAUUUUAAGUUAAUGUACAGGCUAAGCAACCCACAAUGGAAGUACAGCCAAUUGACUUGUGUGUGCUGCUGUUGAUUCACUUGGUUACCAGUCAACAAAAACCACUCCUGAUAACUCCUGUUGCACUUGUAUGACAUACAAGACUCUUAGAAGUCUUAGAAAGGUCAUCUGUAUUUCUUUAGUUAUGCCAUAAAAGCAAUGCAACAUGUACUGUCUUGUUGGUCUAUUAUUUACCCGC